CAAACAUGGAACCCACGUGGGAAGAGUUGCCAGUCACACUUUGUGAUUCUACUUUUAAAACACUAGAUAAGUUGAAAUUUGUGAAAGCAACUCCUGUUCAAGUGGCAUGCAUACCAUUAUUUAUUGGCAACAAGGACGUGGCAGCUGAGGCAGUGACUGGAAGUGGCAAAACUUUAGCUUUCCUUAUUCCUAUACUUGAAAAGCUUGACAAGCAAGUGAGAGAAACAGGGAAACUGAAGAAACACGAGAUAUUUUCUAUCAUUCUAACUCCUACAAGAGAAUUAGCAUUCCAAAUCAAAGAGGUCAUUGACCAUUUUCUUGAAAAUCAUGAUGGCGUCGCUUCUAUAUUGUUUAUUGGAGGCGAAAAACCACAGGAUGAUAUAAAUAAGUUCAAAUUAAAUGGAGGUCAUAUUGUGGUUGCUACUCCUGGGCGCUUUGAGUCAUUAUUAGAGAAAAAGUGGGAUGGAUGUAACCUUGCAGCAAGUGUGAAAUCUCUAGAAAUUCUUGUGUUGGAUGAAGCCGACCGUCUUUUAGAAAUGGGUUUUGAAGCUAGCAUUAAUACAAUCCUGAGUUUUCUACCAAAACAACGCCGCACAGGAUUAUUUUCUGCUACCCAGACAGAUGAGGUAGAAAAACUCAUCCGAGCUGGGAUGAGAAAUCCAGUUCGGAUUAAUGUAAAGGAAAAAAGGGACAGCUCUGACACAAGUGCAGUAAGGAGGACACCCGCAUCUCUAGAAAACCAAUACAUGAUCAUGGACAGUGAUGAGAAAUUUAACCAACUCAUUCAUUUCUUGCACAUUAACAAGGAGAUCAAAAUACUGGUGUUUUUCAGUACGUGUGCUGGUGUUGACUAUUUUUCUCAAGCCAUACAACAUAUCCUGAAAAAGUCCCAGAUUCUUUCUAUACAUGGUAAAAUGAAGAAAAAGAGGAACAAGAUAUUCUCAAGAUUCCGAACAAUGGAAAGUGGUGUGUUACUGUGUACAGAUGUAAUGGCAAGGGGAGUAGACAUCCCAGAAGUUGAUUGGGUUGUCCAGUACGAUCCGCCCAGCUCCGCAAACUCCUUCAUCCAUAGAUGUGGACGCACGGCGAGAAUUGGCAACAAAGGGACUGCACUUGUAUUUUUAUUACCAACUGAAGAUGCUUAUGUGAAAUUCAUUGAAAUCAAUCAGAAAGCACCUUUAAAGAUGACAGAAAAAGCAGACAAUGUUCAGAAUCACCUGCCAAAACUACAGAAAAUGUCUAUCAAAGAUCGUGCCAUAAUGGACAAGGCAGCCAAGGCCUAUGUGUCGUAUGUACAGUCCUAUGUAAAACAUGAAUGUAGUAUGAUCUUCAGAGUAAAGGACUUAGACUUUGGUAGACUAGCAACAGGGUUUGGACUGGUACGUGUCCCUAAGAUGCCAGAAUUGAAAGGAAAAGUGCUGGCAAACUUCAUUCCCCCUGAUGUAGACUGGAGCACAAUACCUUACAAAGACAAAGUCAAAGAGAAAGUAAGACAGGAGCAGCUGAAAAGUGGAGAAAUCGUGAAAAAGGGAAAGAUGAAAAAACCUCUACAGACCAAGUCCUGGUCUCAACACAAAGAUCGCCAGGACAAGAAAAGGAAACGCAAGGAAAAAUUGGGCAAACGCAAACAGGAAAUAGCUGAGGAAGACAUUGAUGAUAUUGACAAAGAUUUGAAGUUAAUGAAGAAAUUAAAAAAGGGAAAGAUAUCAAAGGAGGAUUUUGACAAGGAGUUUGCAGAUGACAGUAGCUCAGACGAAAGUUGACCAGUGUACCUUAUGGAAUUAAAGAACUAUUAUAAUAAAACAUAGAUUAAUCAUAAGUUUGACCUGUCUUCUCCUGGACAUUGCUAAAGUGGUGAAGGGAUAUGGGCACAGCUCUUUUAAAAUCAGUGUAUUAGUACUAUUCCAUUUAAAUAAUGAGGGUACAUCAACUCUUAGGACUAUUCCAUUUAAAUGCAUUAGCAUACUUAUAAGGAGGAUUGGAAGAACAAUUAAUGCAGUAGUCUUCCAUUUAUACACCAACUAAGAAUGGUUGACUGAACUUAGACUAUUCCAUUUAAUAAUUGUAGGAUAUGUCAUAAACAACUGCUUACGAUAAGAUAAUGUAAGCCAGUCUCAAAUGGAUGCAAAAAUAGUGCUGUGGCUUGUCCUUGAAGUACUCUAGACUUGCAUUAUACAUAUGCUGUGAUUGGUCUUCAAGGAGUAUAAUUUAGGUUGUAUAUAGUUAACUAUGGUGGUUAUUAUCUGUCUGUGUUCUCUUUCCUCAGUAAUAUGGUUUAAAAAUAAAUUCUGUAUAGACAAAGGAACUUGUCUACAUGUCAUGAAUGUAGGGUCUUCAUAGUUUAUCAGUUUAACUACAUGACACAUUGAGGGACAACAGCUGAUAUGGAUACUCCAUAUGGCAGUCAUUAAAUAAAUUUAAGUCAAAUAUUAAUUAUAUACACAUUUAUAUGAUUUAUCAGCUAUUUUUAAAGGAUUAUUGAUAUCUGUAACCUUUAAAUCUGCUUUUAUUCAUUUGUGGAGUUAUUUUUAAUAGCACAUUUAACAGAAAAUGUUUUUAAUUUCUUGAGCCCUUGGUGAUAAAUCUUUAUUUAGUAUGAAAGUACUUUUACUGUAUACUAGUUACUAUGGUAACAAGUCAUUAAUAUGAAUCCUAUUGGUCAAUAGAAUUUCUAAUAAUAUAACAAUUAUACUAGCCCAGAAACAUCUGUCUACAUAAUCAUCUAUUCCUAUAAGUUGUCAUCGUUUACAAUAUAUUGAAAGUGAAAAUAGCAGGUACUUGACAAGCAUAAAUGAAUGUAUCGACAAAUUAAUUGUUGAUUUACCAAGCAUUAGGUAGUAUUUUCAAUGAAAGUACCAAAUAAACUGAAUAACAUGG